AUGUUCUGCAGGCCCCCCAGUAAUGCACAGUCCCUUUUCUUUCAGAUGCAUUUCAUCUUCUCAGAUAAGGUGGUGCUUUUGUUUGAUUUCUGGAGCGUCCACAGCCCUACAGGCAUGGCCCUUUCGGUGGUGGUAGUCCUGCUCCUGGCCGUGUUAUAUGAAGGCAUCAAGGUCGGUAAAGUCAAGCUGCUCCACCAAGCCCUGGAGAGCCUGCCAUUCCCCACCAACCAGCAGCUCACCGAGGAUACAGACUGGGAGUCAACAGGCUCAGGAUCCCCCACAGUCAACAGAUCGCUUCUCAGGUGGUUCCUGUAUCAUUUUGGCCAGUCGCUAAUCCACAUCGCUCAGGUGGUCAUCGGCUACUUCAUGAUGCUGGCUGUCAUGUCCUACAACACCUGGAUUUUCCUCGGCCUGGUCCUGGGCUCAGCUGUGGGCUAUUACCUCGCCUACCCACUUCUCAGCAUCGUUUAG